AAUCAGACGGCGGAUGUGCUUAUAAGGCGGAGUAAGGAGUCUUUGGGAAAACCGGCUAUUACAGUAUAACUAGAGAACAUAAAUGACAAACGAACGGCGGGAUCGCGUCUUAAAACACGCACAACGGUUUUUAGAGAUCAAACUCCUCGUGAAAGAAUCGCAAAGCUCUUUUCAUCCACGCCGCAUAAACGUGAGAGGGAUAUUUUGACGUCACCGCCGCACGAACCAAUGAGCGGCCUCAAUAUGUGGGACACGAGCGACGUGACGUGUGCUCAGGGUGUCUGCGCAUGCGCAGUCUGCGGGAGCGUUAUGUAAACCUACUGUCUAUGAUGUAAACCUUCUCUGAUUCGGCCCGGUUCUGUGUAAAAGUGGACUUUGGUGGACUGAGCGGGUCUGAAGGCACAUCUUCAUUAACUCUGAGAUGAUUAAAUCACAUAAAUUCAUACCCGCGCUUCAGUAACGCCUCAGUCUGUGUGUGUCUGCAGUGUCUCGGGCGCAGCAUCAUGUCCGUCAGCUCCAUCAGCUCCGUCAGCUCCGUGCACUGGUUCAGGAAGGGUCUGCGUCUGCAUGAUAACCCGGCUCUGCUGGAGGCCGCCCGGGGCUCACACACGCUGCGCUGCGUGUACUUCCUGGACCCCUGGUUCGCCGGGGCCUCCAACCGCGGGGUCAACCGCUGGAGGUUUCUGCUGCAGUGUCUGGAGGAUCUGGACUCCAGUCUUCGUAAACUCAACUCCUGUCUGUUCGUCAUCCGUGGUCAGCCGGCUAACAUCUUUCCGCGCCUCUUCAAGGAGUGGAAAGUGUCUCGGCUGACGUUCGAGUGUGACUCAGAGCCGUUCGGGAAAGAGCGAGAUGCAGCUAUAAAGAAACUGGCGUCUGAAGCAGGAGUGGAGGUGAUCGUGAAGACCUCGCACACACUUCACGACCUGGACAGGAUCACGGAGCUGAACGGUGGUCAGCCGCCGCUGACAUAUAAACGCUUUCAGACGCUGGUGAGCAGCAUGGAGCCGCCGGAGCCUCCGCUGGAGCCGCUGACCCGAGAGCUGCUGGGAAACUGUGUGACGCCCAUCAGCGCAAACCACAGAGAGAGAUACGGAGUGCCCCUGCUGGACGAGCUGGGAUUCGACACUGAGUCUUUGGAUCCUGCUGUUUGGCCCGGAGGAGAAUCAGAGGCUCUGAUGAGGUUGGAGCGACACUUCGGACCCGACUCCAACACGGCGUGGAAGGAGAACUUUGAGCGUCCGAAGAUGAGCUCCAGUCCGCUGCUGGCCAGUCCGCUGGGCUUGAGCCCGUACCUGCGCUUCGGCUGUCUGUCCUGCCGUCUCUUCUACUACAAACUCACUGAACUCCACAACAAGGUGAAGAAGAAUGCAAGCCCGUCGAUUUCUCUUUACGACAAGCUCUUAUGGAGGGAGUUCUUCUACACGGCGGCGAGCAACAACCCGCGCUUCGACCGCAUGGAGGGAAACCCCAUCUGCAUCCGCAUCCCGUGGGACAGGAACCCCGAGGCGCUUGCCAAGUGGGCCGAGGCCAAGACAGGCUUCCCGUGGAUCGACGCCAUCAUGACCCAGCUGCGACAGGAGGGCUGGAUCCAUCAUCUGGCGCGGCACGCCGUGGCCUGCUUCCUGACACGAGGAGAUCUCUGGAUCAGCUGGGAGGAGGGCAUGAAGGUGUUCGAGGAGCUGCUGCUGGACGCUGACUGGAGUGUGAACGCCGGGAGCUGGCUCAGUCACUCCUGCAGCUCCUUCUUCCAGCAGUUCUUCCACUGCUACUGUCCCGUGGGAUUCGGACGCAGGAUUGACCCCAACGGAGACUUCAUAAGACGUUACUUACCCGUGCUCCGAGAUUUUCCGGCCAAGUUCAUCUACGAUCCCUGGAACGCACCGGACGACGUGCAGCGGGCUGCCAAAUGUGUGAUUGGCGUGGAUUACCCCAAACCCAUGGUGAACCACGCUGAGGCCAGCCGCCUGAACAUCGAGAGGAUGCGGCAGAUCUACCAGCAGCUCUCCAGAUACCGCGGACUCAGUCUUCUCGCAACUGUUCCAUCCAAUCACAUGGAGGUCGUGGGUGCAAAUGAAUCUCAAGGAGCAACGGCGCCCCCUACAUGCUGGAGGACCCACAGCAGCACUUCGUCUCACACAGGGGUCCGGAGAGAACAGCAGGGAGCAAGCAGAGCGAGACAUAGCAUCACAAGACAGCGACACGCCCUCAGCCACCGUACAUCACCCUACACCAUCCAGAGCGACCUGACGGAGCGCAGCCACGAGUUUGCCAUCCCUAAACAACCAGGGCGUCUGAUUUGGCCGGCUGGGGGCGGGACUAGAAGGAGCGAAAAAGAGGAGGCGGGGCUUAACCGUUGCCAUGGUGAUGAUGGCCCCUCCUCCUCCUCUUCAGCGCCAAAAGCCCAAGAUGAUGAAAAAAUGCAGGAAGAUGCGGAGGGCGUGGCCUUCUGUUCCUAAGCUCCUCCCACUGAUGGAUUCGCAGAACGUACUACAACCUUUCCUCGUGUGUUAAACACAAACAUGAGUAACUCGAAACGGUUUGUCCAAUCAAAUCGUGGUGAAAAAUGCAAUUUUUACAUUUUUAGAAAUUUUAUACAAUUUCAAUUAACUAAAAUGUAAUUAUUAUCCCAAAAACUGAUUUUACAAAUCAGAUGUAAAUACUUUCUUCAUGUCAUUAAACUUUAAAACUAAAGGUCCUUUCACACCAAACUUUAAACGAAUGACUGUAACGUCAGUUUGAACGACAAUCUAAAUAAUAACUAUUUAUUUAUAUUUAAGAAUGUAGUUGACGAAAAUGUGAACCAAAGCUCAAGUCUUAUUGGUCUCCAUGUUGAAAAAUCGAGUGCCUCCUAUUAUUUGCCGUAAAAAAAAUUGCAAACAGCCGAAGAAAAACAUGCGUUGUGCCACAUUUCAACUGAUCCAGAUUUGCUCAGUAUUAUGGAUGAAUGGAAGAGUUUCAGCAGCGCUGCUCUGAUCCAGACUCACCUGUACAUACCUGCGUCUGUUUCCAUGGUGAUGUGAGAGUCACAUGACCGCUGGAUUGUGUUUGGGUCCAAACUAUUGUAACUGUACCACAGAUGAAUGAUUGUCUCGUCUGUAAAAACAACUUUGUUUUGCU